GCUGGUAGAUAUGAUAACAGUACAAUUUUAUUGAUAAGACCCUAUGAGCCAUCGAUCAGUCGAUAUGAUCAGUCCCUUGGUGACUCCUCAUGUAACAUAUCGCUAUCUAGGGAAUUAAAAACUGUUUUGGGCACUUAUCGACGGAGAUUUCGGGCAAUAAAUAUAAAGAUUAUGCAAAUUAUCUUUGACUGAUUAAUUUUAAGUAAACAAAAGGUGUAGUGAUUACUGUUGAGAAGUGUAUAAUGAGAAUGAUGGGUGAUGGUGAGAUGGGUUACGGGGACUAUUACAACUACGACAACAGCUGGGCGGUGGUCCCCCCGGACUACGGGCCGGAUCCCAACUACCAGGUGCGGCAGCAGCAGAUCGAGGAGGAUUACAGAUACAAUUCCUAUGCGCUCCUGGAUAGUAUGAAGAUGACGGGGCAGCGCCCUGGGUUCCAGAUCUCGGACAUAUUGGGGUUGAACGAGGGCAAAGCCCUGGAGCCGCCGCCGCCGUCAGCCCUGGGCCCCUGUUCCCUGGACUUGCCGCCGUACGCGCCGCCUCAACCACAUUAUUCCCAUGAGCUGUUGAGACACCACCAACCCUGGCUGUCUUUGGAUCAUCAUGAGGGAAAUGGCGUUCUUGGUCAACAAGCGAGUCCAGACAGCACGUCCCGGGCCUCAGAACUCUCUUACGUAGGGGUAUCUGCGUCCUCCCCGCCGAUCACCGACCCCCGAACCGAGCACGACCACGACCACGACAACGACCACGACAUCGAGCACGACGACGACGUCGAUCUCGACCAGACGUCGACCAACCUCGGCGACCCCAACCUCGCUCACAAGAAGCGAAAACGAAGAGUGUUAUUCUCGAAGGCGCAAACGUACGAGCUCGAGAGGCGAUUCCGACAACAGAGGUAUCUGUCGGCCCCUGAGAGAGAACAUCUCGCUAGCCUCAUACGUUUAACGCCUACUCAGGUUAAGAUAUGGUUCCAGAAUCAUAGGUAUAAGACGAAGCGGGCGGUUCAAGAGAAGGGUGCUCACGAUUUGAACGUAGGUGGUUUAAACUCACCGCGGAGGGUGGCCGUGCCGGUGUUGGUGAAAGAUGGCCGGCCAUGUUUGGGUAAGCCGGACGGACUGCCUUCCUUGGGCAUGUCGCUGCCUCCCUACCAACCCAUGCACCACCAGCCUCCCGUGACCGGUCACGGCCCUCAACCCAACGGCUGUUGGUGGUGAUUCAUGAACAUUUCACAAUACAGUGGUAUGCUAGUCGACGUGGCGGUCCGCUCACAAAUGUCGUGAUAAGCAAUAAAAUUUUCCUAUUACAGAUAGCAUCGUUGUGUCCGACAAUUGUGAGUUGACCGCGACAUUUAUAUCGUAUUUUGUAUAAUUAAUUUAUGUUACUGGUUAACAAAUGUACGCCAUAGGCAAUGUUUAGGUUUCAAAAUGAUUGCGAUGUUUCGGUUCUAAAGCAUUUCGAAUACUAUGGUACUGGUAUUAGCCAAAGGUAUCUGGAGUUCCUAAUUUGUAUUAUAGUAACUAAAAUAAAGUUAGAAUCGAUUGAUCUUAAAAUGAUUGCGCCAAAUAAUUUGGAUCGAGUUCAAAUAAUUUAGGCUUCGAAUGCAUUCCAUCUUGUUUUCGAUAUUGUAAUUAAUGUAAAAAGUACUGUGAAAAGCUAGCUAAGUAAUAUUAUGAAAAAUGACCAGAUUUUAUCAGAAUGCAAUAUUUAGUCAUAAGAUUCAGUAUUACCAUAGUCGAAUAUAGUUGUGUAGAAGAUAUUUAUAUUAUAUUCCAUAUAUAAUUUAUAUUAAUCUAAUACUAGUAUGUAGUGAUAAAAAUGAUACUAAAAUGUAUUGUUUACGCUGUAAAUAAUAAGAUUACCUAAAACAUAUUUUCGUCGAAAGUUACCACAAGUAUGUAAAUUUACCCAAUAAGUACUUACCUAUAUAGAGCGUCGGUGGUCGAAUCCGUAAGGUGCCUGGUCAAAACACGGUUCCGCAUAAAGACAUCGGUUCAAAUCCCACCGCGACCAUGUACUUACCAAUGACUUUUUUCGAAGUUAUGUACGUUGGUUUGAUAACUAACCGAUGCUCUUAAGGUGAGGGUAAACAUAACGUAAGGAAAACUGCACAUUAAGGCAACUGGAUGUGUAAUGAUAAAUAAAUAAAUAUGGGACAAAUUACACAGAUUGAGUUAGUAAAAGUUCUUUUCUCAUCAUGCCCUGGCUGAAAUUCGAACUCAGGAAGAAGAACCAUAAGGUUCUUCUUUCUAAGUUCGAAGUAUAUAUUUAAAACCUAGUAUUCCGUUAUGUAGAUAACUACAUAACGGAAUACUAGAUUUCAAUUUAUUUAAAAAAUCCAUAGAUUAUAAUCUAUAGAGCAGUAUACAAGUAAAAAUUAUAAUUAACGAUGAUGAACAACACGUGUUACAUGUAAAUUAUUGUCAAAGUAUUAAAUUGA